UCCCAGAACCCCCCACUCGUUGUUGAACUCUUUGCCUGGAAACAAAACGUAGCCAGUCGACUUGAAGUUCACACUUAACUACGGAUACUAAAUAACAUUUCAGCAAGACACACACACUGAAUUGCACAGAUCAUGGAGCCUCGUCGACAAGUCAAAGGUUCCAAUCCAUCCCGGGACCCAAGGUGUGGGCCGACCCACGCCGGUGUGCCUCAGAAGGACGCUUACGCCAGACUCCUCAGCCAGCACCAGAGCAGUAAGUUCCGCUCCUACCGGGACCAGAUCGCCCAGCAGCUGCAGCUGGACCAGAAUGCGACAGAGGACUCUCUUGAUAAACAGGACUUGGAGCUGAAUAGCGGGUGCCAGGCUGCGACAGGCAGCGAGGCGGACAGCUGCCUGGCCCUGUACAUGGAGAAGCUGAACGAAUGCGGAGGCCCGGCCGAUGCCCCGAGAGGGAAGCACCAGCAGCAGGCGGCGGUUGCCGGGCGGCAGCGCCGCGGCGAGAGGCGGGACACCAACACCAGCCAGGACGGAGACGUGGAGUCUGCAGAGGAGGGGCUUCACAGGCAGCGGCACCCCAAGAAGCAUCGCCGCGGCGAAGCUGGGCCGAAGUCACCUGUGGGCAGCUUUGGGGGCAAUGAAGCGAACCAAGGGGCCUCGCCCCACAAACCAGGCCCGCAGGGUGGCGGGAAGGAACACGAGAAGAAAAAGUCGAAGAAGAAAAAUGCGUCAAAAAGCGCUGAAGGUGUUAGGCAGGAGGGGGCUUGCCCUGAUCGGGCUAUCAACAUGCAACCCCAGGAUAGAAACCCUGAUGCCUGUAUAACUCCAGACAAGAGUAAAAACAAGAAUAAAUCGGGCAGAGGAAAGAAGAAGCCUGUGUUUGAAGAAUAUAUGUGCACCGAGGGCGUUUCUGCUGGGUUAAAGAGAGGAGAACUCAUUCAGGGACAAUUGAGAAUUAACCCUAAGAAGUAUCACGAGGCCUUCAUCCCUGCUCCUGACGGUAUGCGGGACAUAUUCCUGGAUGGCAUAGUGGCCCGUAACCGAGCCCUCAACGGGGAUGUGGUCGUGGUGAAGGUCCUUCCCCGGGAGCAGUGGAAGGUGGUGAAGUCGGACACCGAUGGGGAGGGGGCGAGCGAGCCGGAGAUCCCGCAGGCGGAGCAGAAGGCUGGGCAGCCCCCCAGCCCCGAUGUCGUCGUGGAGGCCCAGACCAGCGACGCUGCUGAAGAUCAGCCUGACGGGGUGGAGGCCCAGUGCAGAGACACCACCGCAGCUCUGGAGGGGCUGAAUCUCGGUGCCACAGGAUCUUCCCAGCAGAACAACGGUGAAGGUUCAAAUAAGGAUAAACCAUGUAACUCCAGCACUGUCUCGGAAAAGUGCCUUCAGAGGACUGCGAAGGUGGUCUACAUUGUGGAGCAGAAGCACUCGCGGGCUGCAACGGGCUUCCUCAAGUUCCUCCCCGACAAGAACUUCGCCAUGUUCUCCCCCACCGACCACCGCGUGCCGCGGGUCAACGUGCCGCUCGCCGACUGCCCGGACGACUUCGCGUCUCGGCCCGGCGACUACGCCAAAACCCUCUUUGUCUGUCGCAUCACCCACUGGCACGACAGCAGCACCUUCGCCGAGGGGCGGUUGGCUAAAAGCCUUGGACAAGCCGGAGAGAUAGAGCCAGAGACUGAGGGCAUUCUGAUGGAAUAUGAUGUGGACUUCUCCGAGUUCUCUGAAGAGGUCCUGCAAUGUCUGCCCCAGAACCUGCCCUGGACCAUCCCACCUGAGGAGCUCUCUAAACGGAGGGAUCUGAGAAAAGAAUGCAUAUUCACGAUUGACCCAGCAACUGCCAGAGACCUGGACGAUGCCCUGUCCUGCAAACUACUCCCAGACGGAAACUUUGAAGUGGGAGUUCACAUCGCUGAUGUCAGUUAUUUUGUGGAAGAAGGGGAAGCGUUGGAUCUCGUGGCCAGCCAAAGAGCCACCAGCGUCUACCUGGUGCAAAAGGUGGUUCCAAUGCUGCCUCGCCUGCUCUGCGAGGAGCUCUGCAGCCUGAACCCCCUGACCGACCGGCUCACCUUCUCCGUCAUCUGGAAGAUCACCCCGCAGGGCAAGAUCCUGAGCGAGUGGUUUGGGCGCUCCGUGAUCCGCUCCUGCGUGAAGCUGAGCUACGACCACGCCCAGAGCAUGAUCGAAGCGCCGGAGAAGCUCUUCCCCGCCGAGGAGCUGCCCCCGUUUGACCCCCACCACCCCAUCGACGAGAUCCACCAGGCCGUCCUCAACCUGCACACCAUCGCCAAGAACCUCCGAGCCCAGAGGUUCCAGGGCGGGGCGCUACGUCUCGACCAGCUGAAGCUGUCCUUCACCCUGGACAAGGAAAGCGGGAUGCCCCAAGGCUGCUAUGUCUAUGAAUACAGAGACAGCAACAAGCUCGUUGAGGAGUUCAUGCUGCUGGCCAACAUGGCGGUCGCUCACCAGAUCUACCGCAGCUUUCCCAAGCAGGCUCUGCUGCGUCGCCACCCGCCGCCCCAGACUAAGAUGGUGGACGACCUGACUGAGUUCUGUGACCAGAUGGGCCUGAACCUGGACUUCUCUUCUGCAGGGGCGCUCCAUAAAAGCCUGAAUGAGACGCUGGGGAAUGACCAGUACUCCAGCGCCAGGAAAGAGGUCCUCACCCACAUGUGCUCCCGGCCCAUGCAGAUGGCCAUUUACUUCUGCUCCGGGGUUCUGAAGGACGAGCCCCUCUUCCGGCACUACGCCCUGAACGUGCCCCUCUACACCCACUUCACCUCGCCCAUCCGCCGCUACCCGGACGUCAUCGUGCACCGCCUCCUGGCUGCGUCUCUGGGGUGCGGCCCCCAUAUGAGUCUGACCGAGGACGAUGUUCAGAAGCGGGCCUCGCACUGCAACGACAAGAAGACCGCGUCCAAGAGAGUCCAGGAGAUGAGCUCGGAGCUGUUCUUCGCCGCCUUCGUUAAGGAAUCGGGGCCCCUGGAGUCUGAGGCCAUGGUCAUGGGUGUUCUGGACCAGGCCUUCGAUGUGCUGGUGCUGAGAUACGGUGUGCAGAAGCGCAUCUACUGCAAUGCUUUGCAAGGCCUUGAGAACUUUCAUUUCAACAAGGUGGGGAAGAAGCCAGAGCUCACUCUCAUUUGGGCAGCAGAGGACCCAGAGCAGGGUUCUGUGCGGCAGGAGAUCUCCAUCUUCUCCCUGGUGGAGGUGGUGCUGAAGGCGGAUGCAGCCCCCAUGAAGUACAGCGCAGUGUUGAAACACCCGACGGACACCGCAACAUGAACACCUGCUCCGACUGGCACCACGCGUAACAUACACAACACUACACCUGCAUCCAUAGAACACUCAUGCAUGUGUGCACACAACAGACACGCACAUGCACACGCACAUGUACACACACACACACACACACAGACACACACACACAUACAAACACCAAUACAGCAGAGCUCUAUGCAUACAAACUACACACAUGCAUAAUUAAAAAAAAAAUGUCAAGGCUUGAAUGGAAAUGCACACAUUGGUUUUUACUAUUAGUCAAGUGGUGUUUUUUUAAUUUAACUGCUGCUUUUUAGUAAACUGUAACACUGUUGGUAAAGGUAGAGCUUGGCUGCCUUUGUCUAAUUGAAAAAGGCCCAAAAUAGUGCAAUGAAUUCAGAUUUUUAAUUUAAAUGGAGACCAGCUUGGGUCCUUUUUAAAUACUGCCAGUUCAGCUUUUUGAGCUGAGGAAUUUUUUUUUUUUUUUUGAAUAUUCAAGCUUUAAUAUUUCUUAAGCCAUUUGUUUUGAAUGUAUGGAAAAAAAGAAAAUGUUCUUUCAUAAAUUUGUUUUAUGGCAAUAAAAUUACAUGUUGUAUCGUUUCAUCUAGAUGUCAGGAACAUCUUUAGAAAACCUGUUAAAAAUGUGGAUUAUCUACAAUUUUUCUUAGCCAGGGAGCGUCAUCGAAUUGUCCAGUCAUUUGCUCCAGAAAAACAGCAGCCAUGUUUUAUAGAACUCAUAGUUUGGUUCAACUUGCACAGUAUUUUGUUUACAUUGCCUCGUGGGUACAGUUAGCAGCCCAGUACACACACUUGUAUUGAGCCUGGGCAGAACAUUCUCCACGUUCACCGUACUUGCUAAUAGGAAAGCUUUUCUGUGUACAUUUAAAAGUUUACUUUGAAUUCAGAAUUUCUCCCACACUCUAAAUACAGAUCAAGUCGUCCUGCUGCACACAGCGACUGCUCACAGGUGUGGACUCAGUCUACUUGGACUGCAUUUUCAUAAAUACUUGAAAAUAUUCUAUUUCAGGUCUAGGAAGUGUUCCAUGGAUAUACUGAUGCUACUGUAGAAUUAUUGUACGUGAGGCCUUCAUGUAUAUUGCAUCCUGUUAAUGGUCCUUAUGUUUAUUUCUUAAUUUAUGGUGUAUGCGUUUUAUGUGUUUAGCUUUUUUUUAUGCAGCAGUUCAUGUUGAAUGUUGAAUGCGUCCUUUUGUAUACUCAAGAAGUACAAUAGCUCCUCUAAUCUACCAUAUGGGCUUAUCUGCAAGAUCAUUUAUCAACUUCAAGUAAAGCUUUGGAGCUGCAGAGAGUUUGAUUCUUUUAAAAAUAUUUAUUUACUCUACCUGGAUCAAUGCACCUAUGUGCUCAUACCUGACUUAUGCAAAGCUGUCACAGCUGACCUGAAGUUUAGGACUAGUGCCUCCAAGUGUGAAAUUUAAUCAAGACCUUAUGCGCUAGACUAUGCAGUAAAAUGUCCAGUGUUCAUUCAACUCUUAAAAGAUUUAAUUUGGUCCCACUCCGGAAUGUGGGACCAAAUGUUAUCCGUUAAGCAUUGAAUUACACUAGUAGAGUUGAAUCAACACUGGACAUUGUACUGUGUAGUGACCCCGAAAGUUGUGCCCCCAAGACAACCAGGGAUUCCAGAGUUAAAUGCAACAUGACCAUACUACCACCAGAUCUGCUUUACUAUGAUUUCUAAUUGCGUCUAAAUAAUUCAUAGUUCCAAUACGUCAAAACUCCUUUUGUAAGCUUAUUUUAAUUAAAUACAGCAAUUACAGAAAGAAAAGACUUCAGUUAGAUGGUACCGUGGAUGACUAGAUAACUGAAGUCAAUGUGCUGUAAAUUGUAGUUUUCUCGCAAAGCUUGUAGGUAGCCCUAUAAACUCUGGUUCGACCUCUGUUUUAUAGUCUGUUAAAAAAGUGAUGUAAAAACAGGAUUGUACCCACACUUCAGGCCUCUAUGUGAUAUUUCAUACAUCUGAAUUUUCGGCUGAGUACCGCAUUUUUCACCUGUGUUUAACGUGCUUCAGUUUGAAUUGUUUUUUCCAACAUGGUUUUGUAAAUGUAUUUGACAUAUAUGUCACUGUGCCUUGUGAUUUACAUAAUUGAAGUCCCCUUUCAUGUUUUUUCUUUCCCUCCAGUAAUAUGUUCUGCUUUUAUGUGCCUUUCAGGUCAUGCAAUACUUUUCCCCUCGUAAAUACACACAUUACCAGCUGUGGCUCUCAGAUAUUCUCUCAGUAGUUUUAAAGCAGUCUGUCCUUUCUGUGAAAUAAUGCAUUCAUUAACCUUUUAAUGGAUGGAAACUAUUCUCUGCUCUCUGGCACACAAAGGGACCCAGUUAAUAUAGGAAUGAAUGUUUUUGUGUAUUAGAAUUUUGCUGAUAUGCAGUUUUUUGUGUGACAUGUCAAUGAAGGUUGUUCUCCAGAUAUUUCAUUAUACAGAUUAUUUUCUGUCCCAAUACAGUCAAAACUCAGUGACUUUUGUGCUCUUUAUUUUCUUAAAAUAAUUUAGGAAUUGUUCAUCUUUAUUUGUGCUUCUGAUGUGAGGGAGUGGUCCAUGGAAAGAGGGCAGCUCCGUUUUUUCUGUUUGUCCAAACAAAUUCAUCCUUAGUAUGUCCUGAAGGUUGAUUUUGGUUACAUUUUGACAGAUAUUUGAGGCAUGCCUUAUAUUUAUGUAUGUGUGCUUGUGUGAGUGCACAUGCGCGUAGUAUGAAAUACCUAGCAGUGCUGUUUGAGUUUACUGUCCUCCCUAUAUUUCAUUGUUACCCAUAAGAAUGAAAUGGAUGAAUGAAUGAAUGUAUUCCUGUCACUGUGUGUUUGGGCAUCUAGGAUCAUUCUGCCACUCCAUUUGUAGAGCCGGAUGAAAGAUAAAGAAGUGGCGGUCUAGGGAUGGAACUUUGUAACCAGCAUUAAAUGUUGUCAAGUGUAAUAGUAAUUCAAUGUGCUUCUAUGAAACUGAUGUGUACAGCUCGACCUGGAACUUUCUGGAAACCAGUAAAAUAACUAAUCAGCUAAA